AUGGCCACCAUGUCUCAAAACUUGUUCAAAAGUCUUAUAUUCAUGGCUCUUUUUGUAACAGCCAUGAGCAUAGAUAACAUUUGGUAUGAUGCGCAUGCAACGUUCUACGGUGACAUGAGCGGUAGAGACACCAUGCAGGGUGCUUGUGGCUAUGGAGAUCUUAUAAAACAAGGGUAUGGGCUCGAGACAGCAGCUCUAAGCACUGCACUAUUCAACAAGGGAAGCAGCUGCGGUGCUUGCUUCGAGAUCAUGUGCGUGAAUGAUCCACAAUGGUGCAUUCGAAAUGCCGGCACCAUCAAAAUCACGGCCACCAAUUUCUGCCCUCCAAACUACACUAAACGUGUCGGGAAUUGGUGCAAUCCCCCGCUCAAGCACUUCGACUUGUCUAUGCCCAUGUUCACAAAGCUUGCACCGAUGAGAGCUGGGAUUAUUCCUGUCAAGUUUCGCCGAGUCCACUGCAACAAGAGAGGAGGGGUCAAAUUCGAGAUCAAGGGGAAUCCUUAUUGGUCGCUCGUGCUGUUGUACAAUGUUGGAGGUGCCGGCGAUGUUGCUAAUGUCAAAAUCAAGGGCUCUAGAACUGGGUGGACUCAGAUGACUCGCAAUUGGGGCCAAAAAUGGCAGACCGGCUUGGUGUUGAGAGGGCAAAGCUUGUCUUUCCAAGUGACUACUAGUGAUGGGAAAAUGUUGCAGUUUGACAAUGUUGUCCCGGCUAAUUGGCAAUUCGGUCAAAACUUUGAGGCCAAGACUAACUUUUUUUAG